CUCAAUAGCUCACAGAUUUCACCUGAUGAGAGAGAAGCACCCAGAGAAAUUCAACAGCCGGAUGAAGAACAAGCUGUGGUACUUUGAAUUUGGGACAUCAGAGACGCUGUUUGCUACCUGCAAGAAGCUCUACGAGUUCAUGGAGGUGGAGUGUGACGGCGUGCAGCUGGAUCUGGCCAACAGUUCUCUGGAGGGCAUCACAGUGCUGAACAUUCCGAGCAUGCACGGCGGCUCCAACCUCUGGGGGGAGACCAACACUCGACGGGUCAGCCGACGCAGCAGCAUGCGGAGGAGUGGCCGAGAGAAGGUUCAAGCCACCAUUGCCGACCAGCGCGAACUCAAGUUCUGCCAGCAAGACCUCAGUGACCAUCUGCUGGAGGUGGUUGGGCUGGAUGGAGCUAUGGAAAUGGGCCAGAUCUACACGGGGCUGAAGAGUGCAGGUUCCCGCUUGGCCCAGUGUUCCUCCGUGACCAUCAGGACGACCAAGCUGCUACCUAUGCAGAUUGAUGGAGAGCCUUGGAUGCAGCCACCCUGCACAAUCAAGAUCAUACAUAAAAACCAAGCGCCCAUGUUGAUGGGACCGCCACCGAAGACUGGAUUCUUCUCUUUCCUGAGACGGAAGAAGAACUAAAGGGCAGUGCUGCUCAAGAUCUGUAAAACUUUUGCAGAUGGUGCAACACCAUUGCUUGCACAGCACACACACACACUAUGUCAUAUCUAAAGAUUCAACUACUUCAUCAUACAAGACGACAGUGAUUGACAGUAUGUAAGAUGUGUAAAUCACUCUCCGUCAUACACUCUCCACGCAUAGUCGAGGCUUAUGGCCUUCCAACACUACACAACUUAAUUGUGAGUAGUUGUUCUGGGUAAAAACAUUAAUUGCAUUCCAUUUGUCGGAUAUAUUAAUGAUGCCAAAUAACCCUAAAUGUAAGUACUGUAUUUUAAAUGCCCAUCAAUAUUGCAUAUAUGUUCAGAUAAUGCGUUGCAUUGAAGAAAAACAAACAUGCAUAAUUACCUUAAGUAGAGUAAUCAAAGACACGGGUUCUUGAUCUUUUUAUGCUACAAAACAACUUAAACUGCAUAUUAUUACAAUCCUAGUACAGUAAUAAUGUUUUAAAGCGCCAUUAUACUGUCUUUUUAAAUGCAGAGUGCACUUCACCAAAAGUAAUUGGUAAAUUCUUUACAAUUCUUUUUUUAUAUGAAAGAAAGUUCAUUACACUUAAAACAGCCUAUUUUAAUGAAAAAAAAAAAAUCUAUACAUGCUGUUUUAUAUUCAUUUACUCCAAUUGGUUUUAUUUUGGGCGGGGAUGAAGACAUUUUGCUGCAGGAUCUUUUUGUAAAAUGUGUUUUUUUCUCUCUCGCAAUUUGUCGUACAUGGCAUGGUUUAAUCAUAGCAUAUUCAGGGGAUGUGGGUGUAAUUGUGAGGGGGAGGGUGUAUGUUGGACAUUAUUAUUAUUGUUAGAUAAGCUUGUAACAAUGCCUGCUUGUCGGUGAACAGUUGUUCAUUAAAAUGUUUGCAUUAGGAACUAAUUUCUGAUAUUAGAAUCCUUAUUUUUUUUCACUGUCGUGUGCUUGACCACUUUUGCAAAUAUAUGCACAUACACAAUAUUUGUUUUUGCUGUUUUAGCUAUUAUGAACAGGUUUUUUUUUAAUUGUAUUUGAAUAAGAUAUUCAUGUGUUCCACAUGUGUAAAGAUACAACUUGUUAAGGAGCCUAACAAAUGGAGCCUUGGCCAAAAUCGUUAUCUUCCCACAUUCUUACAGCCCUGUAUAACUUAUUAUAUUAUAUCAAACACACACUGACACAACUCGUGCACUGUAAAUAUUAUUGUAAAGGAACAUUUUAAUUAUCAAUGUUUAAUACAGAAAAUAUGAACGACGUGCUCAGGGAUUAGGAACCCCCCAUCAACAUCUGAGUGCCACAAUCUCUAAACAACGUCACACAUGGGAUGUGCCUUCAUGUUCCCAAUCCCACCAGUCCCCAAAAAACCUCACGCUCCCUUCCUCUUGACACAACACGUGUCAACCCAAGCCAUUACGCUCGUCAGCCAAGGAGUCCUGCAUGAUGCCAUACAUGUGCUUUUCUUUGCUAAAGCAACAUGCAAGACCCGCGUCUGUGCUGCGUGGCCUGGUAACGUAACCUGUGAUUUGAAGCCAGGUUAAGUAAUAUGCCACGUUGCAGCUUGUCAGAUUUGCUUGAUUUUAUCUGAUGCAAACUUUCAUUAACCCCUCUGCGAGGCUUGCCAACAGUGUUGCCACCACCACCACCACCACCACGUGGCAGUGUACAUUAACAUGGCACAUUUACAUUUGUUUGGAUCAAUCACGUGUGUUGAAGUUGACAAUGCAAACUGUGAGUAACCUUGUAAAUGUGAUACGUAUCAAUUGCGUUUUGGUAGGUGUCUGGCAUGCUGCCAAAUUCUGUUUCGUGGUAAGCAUGGUAUAGGUUCAUAAUGUAUGUUGCUGCUGAGCAGAAGCACCUUUAAUAUUGAAGCUGCUAUUCUGUCCAGUACUAUGUAUAAAAUAACUAUGCAUGUGCACACCCGUACCACGAUGCCUAUUAAGAUAGUCGGCGUAUCAGUAGUACAUCACAAUUAUGCGGAUCAUUCCAAUGUGCAACAUACACUGCAAUGACGAUACACGUGGCUCCAGGUUCAGAACAGAAACAACAACAAAAGCUCCACCUCAGGUUUUUACAGUCCCACGUGACACGUGCAGUUAAGCCAGGUCACUCUUGCAAAUUAGACGAUAUCCUGAUCUUUGGAGUUGUCACCCGGUUAAACAAAAGUAACUUUAACGAAUUUAUAUUUGGAACACAAGGGCAUUGUGUGACGUUGGUGGUGAUGAUGUUGAUGCUGUUGCACCCGGUUUCUCACGGGAAGCUCCGUGUUUUGCGUGGGCUCGCCUGGUGCGAGAAGCCCCGAUGAUGAAGCCACUUGGCAGUGCAUCCCAGUUUGUCAAUAAAUCCACGUCGCAACGUUCUUGCUGGAGACUUCAAAGAAAGACCCGAGGCGGAAUUUGUUACUUCCUCAACCUGGAGUCACCAACUGCCACCCGAAUACUGGACCUGUCACAACUAAUUGUAGGGGCAUGCAUUCUGCAGUAACGUUAUCAUAACUACUGUGAUAUCACAGUAAAUGCGCCCUAAAUUUAACAAGGUUGUAGUCGUGUUUUUAUGUUUUUUUUUAUAGAUACUUCAACAAAAGUUGUUUAUUAUUGCACACUAACAAAGGGAAGUGGACUUUUUACCAUGCGGCAGACCUGGUUACUAGUGGCAUCGACAUUAAUGUACAUUUUAAGGUUAUCUGCUCACGAGUUAAACAGAUGAGGUCAUGUAUGCUGUUUUUGUCUUUUACCCAUGUGAUCUGUGCAUUUGCGUCAGUUUUGUCGUCCGUGCGAAUUAAAUAAGCACAAUCUUUGUUGGUGCGAUUUAAAUGUGACUUGUGGACAGUUUGUAUGUAUAUUUUAUGCCUCGCCUUCGUAUGUUCAA